GAUGUGGAGCGGCGCAUGUGGCGGAAGAAGGAGCCAGCGGAGGGGAUUAAAACUGUACCGCUUGUGUUCAUGUUCUCGGAGCCGCCGUUCAAACGGGAUGAAGUGCAUGCAAAAUCUCCGCUGUCGUACAUGUUCCUUGACAGGACGCGUAGCAAAGGAGGGCGAUGUCACCGCCAGCAGCUAAGUUCUCGGACGAGAUAAACCUCCGGGCAGACAUAAAGGUGUGACGACGACAGGCGGUGUAUACGGGUUCCGCUGCAGGCCAGUGUGCAUGGUCAUUUGUGUGUGUUUUGUUUAUGUUUGUGUGUGUUUGAGUGAGUGGCAAAGCAGCGGGGGGUCGUAACGUGAUGCCAAGAUGCUGCUGUCCUUGGGAAUGUUGAUGCUGUCUGCCACGCAGAUUUACACCAUCUUCACCGUUCAGUUCUUCGCCUUCCUCAACCUGCUGCCCGUGGAGGCCGAUAUCGCCGCUUACUCAUUUGACAACAAAACGGAGAACUUUGAUGACCUGCCCGCACGGUUUGGCUAUCGGCUACCCAGCGAUGGACUGAAGGUGGGUGCAGAAGUGUUUGUGUCUAGACAUAAAAACAUGUCCCUGCAAAUGAUUCCAAGGUUUUUAUGGUGUAAAUGUUUUGCCUCCUCACAGGUUCUCAAUGCCCAGAAAGCCGGGUACAAGGCAGCCAUUGUUCACAAUGUGGACUCUGAUGACUUAAUCAGCAUGGGAUCCAAUGAUUUGGAUGUUAUGAAGCAGAUAGAUAUUCCCUCUGUGUUUGUGAGCGAGGAAACUGCCAACUCUCUGAAAGAAGACUACACGUAUGACAAGGGGGGACAUGUGGUCCUCAUGCCAGACUUCAGCCUGCCGCUGGAAUACUACCUGAUCCCCUUCCUCAUCAUCGUGGGAAUCUGCCUCAUCCUCAUUGUUGUUUUCAUGAUCACCAAGUUUGUCCAGGAUCGACACCGGGCUCGGAGGAGCCGCCUGCGCAAGGAUCAGCUGAGGAAACUUCCCAUCCACAAGUAUAAGAAAGGUAUGGAGGCAAACAUCUUAAAUUACAUUACAUGUGCCACGCUCUGUGUACACUCUAUGUUGAAUAACAAAAAAUAAUAAAUUGCUAGACUU